AUGGCCCCCUGCAAGCCCCGGACAUUCACUGCGGGCGAAGACCCGCUGACCAAGUUCGAUGGAGCCAUCUCCGUCGCCACGAUGCCUCGCCCGGCAGAUCGUCAAUUUCUCUUCCAUGGCAUCAUGCGGCCCAGUCGUGGCAUCUACGCCAAGCUCGUUGCGACCGGGAAGAAGCCCCCAACCCACUUCCAUCCCUCGCAGUGGGAAUUCUUCCGUGUCCUUCGAGGUAACCUCACCAUUGACAUUAAUGGCGUUCCCGUGCACCGCACCGUCGACGAUGGGGAGAUGGCAGUACCCCCAUAUACCCAUCAUGUCAUUUAUGGUACCCCUGGCACGGAGAUGAAUGAAGUGGAGUUCCUCGUCAGUGCUACCGAUGAGGAAGAGGGGGCCACGGCCAUGGAUCAAGAAUUCUUCGAAAAUUGGUAUGGGUAUCAAGAGGACAUCUUCCAGCGGGGGGAGAAGAUCGACUUGAUUCAAGUGCUAGCGAUGUUCGAUGCCGGAGGUACAUAUCUGUCCCCGCCGUGGUGGGUGCCCUUUCGCGCCUGGGUUGGCCUAAUCCUGGGCAUCGUGAUCGGCCGAUGGAUCGGUGGACUACUGGGCUAUGCCCCCUUUUACCCUGAAUGGACGACCAAUUGGGACGCGGCCUGUGAUAAAAUGGAACAAAGUUGGUUCCAGCGUCGAUAUGCCGAUCGGGGAGCACAGCAGCGAGCACGAGAGAGGUUUCAGGUGCAAAAGGGGCAGGCAACCGUGGCCAAAGGCGAAAAGUCGGAGUAG